AUGAAGCAAUCCAUUAUCUCUUCCCUCGCGGUUCUUGCCGCCGCUACCCGUCCCUGUGAACGCUUGUGCCGCCGCCUCGGCGAGGCCAAGUGCCAGCAGACCACCACUUCCCCCUCCGGCAGCGAUGACACCCUCAUCAACGUUCCCGUUGGUCUCUGUGCCGGUAUCCUCGGCGAGGCUGAGUGCAAGCAGAAGAGCAGCUCCGGCGGUCUCGUCAGCGUCCCCGUCAACGCCUGCAUUGGCGCUCUUGGCAAGGCCAAGUGUGACCAGGCCUCUACUGCCGGCAGUGAUGACUCCCUGAUCAGCGUUCCCGUUGGUCUCUGUGCCGGUAUCCUCGGCGAGGCUGAGUGCAAGCAGAAGAGCAGCUCCGGCGGUCUCAUCAGCGUCCCCGUCAAUGCCUGUAUUGGCGCUCUUGGCAAGGCCAAGUGUGACCAGGCCUCUGCUUCUUCCUCCAACUCCGGCAGUGGCUCCCUCAUCAGCGUCCCCAUCAAUGUCUGCUUGGCUGUCCUGGGUGAGGCUCACUGCCAGCAGCAGAGCAGCUCCGGCGGUGGUCUGAUCAACAUCCCUAUCAACCUCUGCCUUGCUGUCCUUGGUGAGGCCGACUGCCAGCAAGGUGGCUCCGGAUCCACCACCAGUGCUGCUUCCACCACCAGUGCUGCUUCCACCACCGGUGCUGCCACUACCACCGCCGCUCACCCCCCGCCUGGUUCUACCCCUGCUGGCUCUUCCUCCACCGGUGUCCCCAGCGGCUCCUCCCCCGUCGGCCCCGUCCCUACCCCCUCAGGUGUCUCCUCCGUUGGUGGUGGCAAGCCUUCCUCCUCCGGUACUGCCUCCGGCUCUGUCACCAAGACCAUCACCCGCACCAGCGCUAUCUGCCCUGCUUCCGCUACUGGCUCCCAGAGCGCUUCCUGGACCCGCGUCCCCACUGCUCCUUCCACCCCUACCGGCGUUUCCCCAGUGGGCACUGCUAGCGGCUCCCCCUCCCCAGCGUCCCUGCUUUCAACGGCGCUGGCCGCUCCACCUUCUCCGGUGUUGCCGUCAUCAUCGGUGCUGUCGCUGCUGCCGCUCUUAUCUAAGUGCCUUGAGCGCUUUGUCGCCAGGAGCAGCAGGGGUAAAUUGGUGACAGCUGGUGUCAUUCACUUGUCUGGAAUUACUGUCUCCAAUAAUGUUUCAUUCGUAAUGGACAUAUGUCUUGUGCCAUAUAUAUAUCUUUUUCUAUUCUUGAUGGGUUAA